AUGCUGGUAAUGAAGAUCUAUUUUUGUCCAUCAAGGGUAACAUACUCAAUAGUAUAUCUUCUGACACAGUUGAAUGGCGCAGAUCUUAUAGUCGACCUGUCAAAUCAGUGAGACUUAAAGUUUCUUUUGUACCGUUCUCUGCUGAUAAUUUGUUUUCAUGUACUCAUGAAAAUUUAAUAAAGCAACCAGUAUUUCAUGUUUAUAUAAAUGAAUGCGCGGAUAUGGACGCAUAUAAACUAUCAUUAAAAGAUGAUAUUGACAGUUGGCUGAAAGUUUUAAAUCAGCAUAAUAUUCAAGAUUGGAUGAUUGUUCUUGUAGAUACUUAUGACAGUAAAAAAGCUAGUAAAAUCAUACCCCGCACAACAGUUCUCGACAAAAUUCGCAAUGAUUUUGCAAUAAAACACGGAGAUAGAUGCUUGUCUGUUUUAAAUCCAACAAAAUUUGAAUCACGUUCAGCUGAAUCUUGGAGAGGAUUUAUAUCGAGAAUUCAGCACUUCCUACUAGUUGCUUAUGAUAGACAACUUAUAAAUUUUCAAGAAAUUAUCAGAGAACAAAGAGAAUGCCGAAAUAAAAAAAACUGGAGUUUUUGUAAAUACUUUAUUCUUCAGGAAAAACUUGCCUUUAUUUUGGAAAUGUUAGGCAUAUACGAUGAAGCUUUAGUGCAGUAUGAUGAACUUGACGCGUUAUUUACUCAAUUUAUUCUUAACUGUGAUGUUGGAGAACUUGAAAAUUAAACAAACGGUUGUGUUCUAAUCUAUCUGAAAGUGGUAUCGCUACAAGUCUUCAAUAAUUUGAUAUUUAUGAUUAUUAUUGUUUGAACAUAAAAGAAUCUAUAAUUAACAAACACCAACAGGUAAUAUCGUUUCAGCAAUUAAAAAAUUAUAAUUCUUUGAUAGAUAAAAAUAUGUAUUUUUCAAAUUUGAUCAGUUUUAAUCCAGAGUCUUACGAAAAAAACAGUAUUCAUUUGGGUUUACAAUUAUCAUAACUACAAUCGCGUUCAUUCAUUCGAGUCAGUUUUUAUGUUUAGGGAUUUACGGCCACCCUUAAAUUUGGAGGUUUCUAAAAUCUAAAAUUGAAAAAAUUUUUAAUUUAGCUAUUUUUGAAAUAAAGCAAAUGUAAAAAAUGAUGAUAUUAAAAUAAUAAAAAUGUAAAUUAUGUCUAAAGUAAAUUAAGCUUGUAGGAAAACAUGCAAAUGGAAAAGACAACCAACUGUAAAAAUGGAAAAUCUCUAAAUAAAUUUAUUCGUAAAAUCAGAAAU